AUGGCUGGCCAAGCGCUCGCGAUUCUCGGCACUUUCAUCCCUUUAUCCUUUAUUGACUCUUGGCCUCCUAGACAUCCCUCAAACCCUCUGAGAGGCCCCAGCCACAAAGAAAAAGAGGUCUCGACUGUUUUCUUCGUUUUGCAAGAAGGCCAAUCACACGGCCGAAACCUGUCGUCUCCCGGCACUAUUACCAUCUUAAGCGGUAGGGGCCAGAUGGCCCCAAAUGGGUGCACCUUCCGGAUUGCGACUGGACGGGUCGAGAAAAAGAAAAACAAGAAAAACAAUAAGAAGAAGAAGGCCGAUGAGAAGUUGGCAGAUAGCGUCUCUAAGGAGGGUGGGAGGCAGAUGGCCCCAACCGGGUGCACGUUUCGCAUUGCAACUGGAAGGAUUGAAAAGAAGAAGAACAAAAAGAACAACAAGAAGAAGAAGACCGCUGACCAGAAGCUGACGGACAAAGUCUCGGAGAGCGUGUCAGCGAUACAGAUCGAAUAG